GCAGGCGGGCGGCGCGGCGCGGAGCGGCGCUGCCGCCGCCUCCCCGUCAGCCGAGGCGCUGCCGAAGCGGAGCAGGCUGGGCCGGGCCAGGCCGGGCCGGGCCUGGCCGCAGCCGGCCCCCACCAUUCCCCCCCUUCCCUCCCGGUGCCGUCGCCCCCCGGCUGCCACCAUGCAGGAGCUCAUCGCCAGCGUGGAUCACAUCAAGUUCGACCUGGAGCUGGCCGUGGAGCAGCAGCUGGGGGCGCAGCCGCUGCCUUUUCCCGGCAUGGACAAAUCAGGUGCAGCUGUCUGUGAAUUUUUUUUAAAAGCGGCCUGUGGAAAAGGAGGCAUGUGCCCAUUCAGACACAUCAGCGGGGAAAAGACAGUUGUUUGCAAACACUGGCUACGAGGACUGUGCAAAAAAGGAGACCAGUGCGAGUUUCUGCAUGAGUACGACAUGACCAAGAUGCCUGAGUGUUACUUCUACUCCAAAUUUGGGGAAUGCAGUAACAAAGAAUGUCCAUUCUUGCACAUCGACCCGGAAUCUAAGAUCAAAGACUGUCCCUGGUAUGACAGAGGCUUCUGUAAACAUGGUCCCCUCUGCAGACACCGACACACUCGAAGAGUCAUUUGUGUGAAUUACCUAGUAGGAUUCUGUCCAGAGGGACCUACCUGUAAAUUCAUGCACCCUCGGUUUGAACUGCCUAUGGGAACCACAGAGCAACCACCACUGCCUCAGCCGACACAAACACAGCAAAAGAGGACGCCCCAAGUCAUCGGAGUCAUGCAGUCUCAAAAUAACAACACUGGGAACAGAGGACCCCGGCCGUUGGAGCAAGUAACCUGUUACAAGUGUGGUGAAAAAGGUCAUUAUGCCAACAGAUGCACCAAAGGACAUCUGGCCUUUCUCAGUGGACAGUGAAAGAGCAGAAAGAAGAGCGCAAGGGAGCUAUUAACACUGAGAAAAGGUUUCUGCCUAGCACUAUUUCUUGAACUAUCAGGUUGUUUUUUUUAAUGCCAUUACUGAAAGAACUGGUCAGAGGCUGGUUGCUGCUAAGCAAGAUUUUUGUAAUUGUCCACAACUUUUUUUAUGUUUUAACCUUUUUAAAAUAGAUUUUGGCCUCCGUCUACAUCCAUUGAGCCCUGCUGAAAAGUAGAUCUAAAAGCAAAUAGAUAUGCAAACCCCUCACCGGUGCAGCGUUCAACGUAAACUCAUCUUACUCCAGUGUUUCUUUAAAGUGUUUUCCUUCUGCCACUUCUCUUUGGAGAACCUGCAGCGUUUCGCCCCUCCCUGUGGAAGCAGGAAGACUGACUGGGAAAAUUAAUACUUGAAAUGCCUUCCCUUCAGUGAGGAAGUAGGAAUUCUGCUGUCCUGUAGCUCUUAAAAAGCAAAGUCGUGGUCCUAGAUCCAGAUAAACCUGUCCUGGUGGCUGACUUAAGGCCUCACAUACACCAGGCUGCAAAACUCUCGUCCACUUACUUUGUUUCUAUGUUUCUUGCUAUUCUGAAGGUUAGAAAUUAAUCUUCUGGGUGAAAACAAAUUGGGGGAUAAUAAAUUGGCAUCUCUGUGGUUAGCCAAACAAUGAGGAGCAAUGAUUUUAGGAAUUUCACAUCUGUGCUCAUUUUCCAUUUGCAAAGCAAGUAGGAAAUGAACACAGCUUAAAGCGUAGGAAUAGGAGAGCCUUUUCUCAGCACCCGUCAUUCAGCUCACACUGAGCAGGUAUUUCCGUAGCCUGGAGAAGACCCAAGUGGAGCUCUAUACUUAUGGAACACUGCAGUUAGAAGUGGUAGAACAUUCUUCUGAGAAACUCCAAGCCAAAACCCAUUCAUUUUGUGAAAGAGUAUUUCAAAAGGGCCAAUGAUAAAAUGUGAAUUAAAAAAAAAAAAAAAAAAAAAAAAAUGAAAAACUUGCACCUACAAUAUGAGCCUUAUUGAGUCUAACCCCUCUCUUAUUUGCUGGCUGCCUUUAUACUUUGUUUUUAUUGAAAUGUACUGAUGGAAAAAGCUAUGAUUUUUUCUUUUAAACAGAGUAACAUGAUUAUAUAAGAGAGGUGACCAGAGCCUAUGUUGGUUUGAAUGACAGCUGUUGUUUUAUUGUGGAUAUUAAGUCAGUCAAAAUACAAGUUUCAAGACUAAGUGACUAUGGUAUGACAGACCAUUAAACAGUUUUUAUAACAUCGUGUGCCCCUAGAUGCUGAGUAGUAGCCACACUGAGAUGUGUUACCUGUAUGUAUGAAAAGGAACAAGCCCUUGAGUGUCUAGCUCCCUUUCCCAUCUAGUCCAGAGAAGUUUAAGGUCUUCGCUCCCUGAACUGCUGUUUUUUGAAACUGAAAGCCUUCCUGUUACCGAUAAAGCUUGAGAGAUUCUUUGUAUCCC